AAGACCUUUCUGGAGUGUUCUCAGCAGAGGCCUUGUUGACUGAGCAUGCGCACUGGUCUCGUUUUUCCAGUUUCAAGAAGGAACCACGCUGUCGUAGUUUAGAUAAAGUGACCGAUAAAUCCACCUCAAGUUCAAUAACAGAGUUCAUGGAAGCUCCUGCAGGCCUUCAUGUCCCCGAAGACCCCAUUACUGGAAUGCUGGAAUCAGUACCCAAUGCCAUGGCAAGUAAUGGAGAAGCACACCCUCCUGCUCCAAACCAACCCGCCGACUGGACCAUGGAGCAAGUCGCCCCAGUGCCCAACACGGAUUCUGCGUCUGGGGCAGGAGACCACCCCAACCCGCCAUUGCCUCCGCCGCCGCCGCCUCCUCCCGAGGCGGGCUCUUUUGAGAAAGGCGCGGAACAGUUUCAGAUCGCCAACGCUCCACUGUAUCCAAAUGAGCAGCCGCCACCACCGCCACCCCUUCCACCUCAGCCCCCGGAACAGCCGCCAGAAGUUGAACCGGAACCCGUGGCUGCUCAGCCGCUUACCCAGGAUGUGACCAAUCAAGAUAGCACUGAGGCGUCACAACCCCCUGAUGAUGGCAUGGAGCUCGAAGAUGCCCCCAAAGACUCAGCUCAAGAGCCUGCCACCCAGGAAGUAGUCCCUCAAGAACCCGUCGUUCAAGAAGCCAUCGUUCCUGCAGAGCCGGAGCUCCCUAGCGAGUUUGAAAGGCUCUUGAAAGGAUGCGAAGACAGUCCAGAGGACUUCAAUGCCUGGGUCUACCUGCUGCAAUAUGUGGAGCAAGAGAAUAUUCUCGAAGCAGUGAGGAAGUCAUUUGACAUUUUCCUUAUGCGCUAUCCGUACUGCUACGGCUACUGGAAGAAGUAUGCUGACAUUGAGAAAAAGCACGGCUACAUACACGUGGCGGAGGAGGUGUACCGCAGAGGCUUGCAGGCGAUCCCGCUCAGCGUGGACCUUUGGUUGCACUACAUGACCUACAUCAAGGAGAACUCUGACACGAACGACCCAGAGACGGAGGGACGCAUUCGAGCGGCAUACGAACAUGCGGUGCUGGCGGCUGGUACAGACUUCCGCUCGGACCGCCUUUGGGAAUCCUUCAUUUUGUGGGAGACGGAACAGGGAAAACUCGCAAAUGUCACCGCCAUCUACGACCGUAUCCUGGGCAUCCCGACGCAGCUCUACUCUCAGCACUUACAAAAGUUUAAAGAUCACGUGCAGAACAACCACCCCAAACACUUCCUGUCAGAAGAGGAGUUCGUCCAGCUCAGGCUGGAGCUCUCUAAAGCCAACCUGGCCUCCAUGGUGCGUGAAGACGGAGAAACGCCUGCCCCCCAGGAGGAUUUGCCGCCGGGCACAGAGGAUCUCGCCGACCCAGCUAAGAGAGUGACAGAGAUUGAGAACAUGCGCCACAAAGUGAUCGAGGCCCGACAGGAAGUCUUCAACCACAACGAACACGAAGUCAGCAAGCGCUGGGCCUUUGAGGAAGGGAUCAAGAGGCCGUACUUCCACGUGAAAGCCCUGGAGAAGACUCAGCUGAACAACUGGCGGGAGUACCUGGACUUCGAGAUGGAGAACAGCACCCCAGAGCGCGUGGUUGUUCUCUUUGAACGCUGCCUCAUCGCGUGUGCUCUCUAUGAAGAGUUCUGGAUCAAGUACGCCAAAUACCUGGAGUGCUACAGCACGGACGGCGUCCGGCACGUCUACAGGAAAGCGUGCACUGUCCACCUCCCAAGGAAGCCCGCCAUCCACCUGCUGUGGGCUGCCUUCGAGGAGCAACAGGGCAACGUGGAUGAGGCAUGCAGCAUCCUGAAGAACCUGGAGGUGGUGGUGCCCUGCUUGGCCAUGGUGCGUCUGCGGCGGGUUAGCCUGGAGCGUCGGCGCGGCAACCUGGAUGAGGCGGAGGCGCUGUUGAAAGAGGCAGUGGAGUCGUCCAAGACCACCAUCGAGACAUCCUUCUAUGCCGUGAAGUUGGCUCGGCAGUUCAUCAAGGUGCACAAGAGCCUGAGCAAGGCCAGGAAAGUACUGUUGGAUGCCAUCGAAAGGGAUCAGAUGAGUCCCAGGCUUUACCUCAAUUUGCUGGAGCUAGAGUACAGCGGUGACGUCACUCAGAACCAGGCCGAGAUCCUGGCCUGUUUCGACCGGGCCCUCAAGAGCCCCAUGGACACGGAGUUGCGCCUCCUCUUCGCCCAACGCAAAGUGGAGUUCCUCGAGGACUUUGGCACCGACAUACAUGCGCUGGUGGCAGCUUACGAAGAACUACAGAACCUGCAGAAGGAAGUGGACGCGUCAAAGACUAAACCUGAAAACGGCUACGACAGCUCUCAGGAGCCCGACGCCAAGCGGCUGCGCUUGGACGACGGGUCAAUGGGCGCCGCCGCCGCCGCUGAUAUGCAAGCAAGCAGCGCAUACAAUUACAACAACUGGUACCAGCAACAGUAUGGCGCCUGGAGCCAAAACUCAUGGAGCCAGUACAACCAAUACGCCCAGUAUAACCAGUACUACCCUCCUCCUCCGACAUGAUGGACAACACCCUCGGCUCGGUCUCUCAUUUGAGAAUGUGUCUAGCUUUUCAAAUUAAAAGACAACCAGCGCCACUGUUCCAAAAAUAUUUGUUUUUGAUAGUUUGAAUCAAGCUAAUUAUUUCAAAUACCGUACACUUUGUAGCUCCUGUUUGGUGAUAUGAGUUUAUACACGUUGAUGUCCCACAUUUGUCAGUCAUUUUUUUUCUUGAACAAAUGGAUACUUUAGGUAAAUUCUCAUGUUGGAUACUCCUCCCCCCUCCCCCUUCCAAUGAUUGACCAGUAUUGUUGAAAAUGGCUUGCUCGUUUUGACAAUGUAGUUUUAACGGCUCAAGAAAUGUUCUGUUUUGGGUUCCUGAAAAGUAAUGUGAAUUCGCAGAUACCAGGAUUUUCCCCCCCGAUGCCAGCUUUAUGAUGCAUGUUUGGGAAAAUCCGUUUUAUUUCCAAACCCCCCACCCACUCUUUGUGCUCUAGACGGGAAGGCUCUUGUUUUUCAUUGUCCCUGUGGGUCUCUAAAUUUAUUUUUUUUUUUUUGUUUUGUUCAAAUAAACUCCAAAUGAAGAGUCCCAGUUUUAUUUUGUCCUGACUUGAUUUCAUAAUAAACAGAUUAUCCUGA